AUGCAGCAGCAGCAGCAGCAGCAGCAGCAGCGGCAGCAGCAGCGGCAGCAGCAGGGACCGCUGUCUCAGCCGGAAAAGCCCUGGCUACUUCACGAUCUGCAAUUUCUUCUUCAGGCAGCAGCAGCAUCAAGGGGAUUCGCCUUUGCCGCUGCAGCGCGGCUCUGGGCCCCCCUCCCUGCCGGCGAAGGCAGCAGCAGCAGCAGCAGGAGCAGCAGCAGCAGCAGCAGGACGGGGAGCAACGCCAGAAGAAACAGAAGCAGCAGCUGCAGCCGUAACGUUGCUAACACCAUGGACCAGACCGCGCGUAGCAGCAGCAGCAGCAGCAAUCUUGCUGCUGGGGCCCCAGCCGCCCCCAUGCUGGACACUGCAGCAGCCGCUGCGGCAGCAGCAGCAGCAGGAGCAGCCCCUAGAAGGACUGCUGCUGCACCCGUCUUCCGCUUGAUUGCGGAGGCCCAACGCCGUGUAGAAACAGCAGCAGCAGCAGCAGCAGAAGACGCGCUGCACUGCCUCUCGGCGGGGGUUCAGCAGCAGCAGCAGCCGCAGCAGCAGCAGCAGCCGAUGCAACAGCAGCAGAUCGAGGCGACAGCACGAAGAGACGUAGACUGCGUUUUUCAGUGGCACACAGCAGCAGCAGCUGCUGCUACCGCUCCUCGACAGAGAGAGCCGCUGCAGCAGCAGCAGCAGGACACUGCCACUCCCGCAGCAGAAGCUGCAGCAGCAGCAGAAGCGGCUGCUGCAGUGGCAACUCCUGGAGCCCCUCUAAGCCUUGUAGACGUUUGGCAGCAACCCCCUCUCUUCCCGGUGUACAUACACCUCAAGACACUGACGCGGGGGUUUCUGCCUGCUGCACUUGUUACUGCGCUGCAGCAGCAAGCAGCAGCAAUAGGAGUGCAGUUGCUGCCAGAGCUGCAACAAGUGUGUCUCUUCCAGGGCAAUACCGCCUAUCUGCUGCCUCUAGCAGCAGCAGCAGCAGCAGCAGGAGAUGCAGCAGAACCCUCUGUGCUGAGGCUAACAGCAGAUGCUCCUAUUGUUGCGGAGCUGCAACAAGUGUGUCUCUUCCAGGGCAAUACCGCCUAUCUGCUGCCUCUAGCAGCAGCGGCAGCAGCAGCAGGAGAUGCAGCAGAACCCUCUGUGCUGAGGCUAACAGCAGAUGCUCCUAUUGUUGCUGCUUGCUGCUGCUUGCGUAGGGCGCAGCAGCAGCAAGAACCCUUAGAGGCAGGGCAGCAGCAGCAGCAGCAGUUGCUGCUGCUCCUGCUGACCACGCAGUCGGUUGUUUUCUUCGCCGUUGUGUUGCUACAGCAGCAGCAGCAGCAACAACGACGAUACUGCAGCAUAGUAGACUACAGGGCGGGCGGCUGCUGCCCUUUGCUGCUGCCUGCUGCUGCAGCUCAGCAGCCACCAACCAGCAGCAGCAGCAGCAGCAGCAGCAGCUAUAGUGGGGUGCAGCAGCAGCUGUGGAUGGCACAGUUGGUUGCUUUGGAGGAUCUUUCGGUUGAUUUGCCUGCAGACAUUCGUCAGCUGCUGCAGCAGCAGCAGCAACGACGAGAAGAGCAGCAGCAGCAACUCUACCGCAGCCCCUGGCACCCGCUGCCGCGUCUCUUCGCAAAGCAGCAGCAGCAGCAUCAGCAAGACGGCAGCACCGCCCCUGGCACCCGCUGCCGCGUCUCUUCGCAAAGCAGCAGCAGCAGCAUCAGCAAGACGGCAGCACCACAGUCAGCAGCUGCAGCAGCACCUGCUGCUGCCGCCCCACAACCACCAGCAGCAGCAACAGCAACAGCAACAGCAACAGCAGCAACAACAGCAGCAGCAGCGCUGGAACCGGAGACCCCAGCGGGUCCUGCAGGCAGUGCGCGACGGCUGCAGCAGCAGCAGUGCAGCGGCUGCAGCGGCACGGCUCAACAGCAGCAGCAGCAGCAGCAGCAGGAGAGCCCCGAGGUCUUGCGUUCGUUGAGGAGGCUGGGGAGAGGCUGCUUGCUGCAGCAGACGACGGUGGUGGGGUGUAUCUGCUGCGCCUCGACAGCCACAGAGAAGGCCGACUGCUCACCCGCAUAG